UCUUCUAAUGUAAAAGGCUUUACGUCCAAAAUAGUGAAUAGCAAGUAAUAGCCGAUCAUUCACAUGGUAUAAAAUUUCACUAUUGCAAUGACUUGUAGAUUAGUAAAUCCAUUUCCUUUCCUUAGUUUCCUGCUUUUCUAGUCCAAAUUUCUAAACAAUCAAAACAUACUAUUGUUCCAUUUCAGGUAAUUUGCUUUAGACUUAUCGCAGAAUGAAUAGCUGUCACUAAACUUAUUAACGUUAAUCGUUUAUUUCAGUAAUUCCCCGGUGGAACAAGAAACAAUACCGAUUAAUCCAAACAAUUGGUUAAACACAGCCAAAAUCCUAUUAAGUCCUCCUUCCGGAUUAGAAAUCUACGCGAUCCCAGGUGAUAAUCCAUCAUCUUUACCGACUUGUUUUGCUAAAAUCAAAAAAUAUGAUCAAGGUCAUGAUGUAUCAUCUAUUGUACCAGAACGUCAGACUUGGUUUUCCUGGGAAGAUGAUCUGAAUUUGGAAACACUUUCUCUGUUAUGGUUGGAUGAAAACGUUCAACAAACAAAUGAUAAUAAACUUACACAAGAGAAAUUGCGAACCGUCAUUAACUGCCUAAAGAUGUUUAAUAAGGAAGCUGAAUGUAAAGAAUAUAUUCAAAAAGCUAAACAAGAAAAAAUUGUUUUAGUCGUAUCGGGCAGACUUGGUCAAAUAGUAAUUCCAGCUAUACAUGCUUUACCACAGAUGGCUGCCAUCUAUAUUUACUGUCAAAAUAAACUCCUCCACGAAAAGUGGUCCGAAGAAUAUCCUAAAAUAAACAAAGUGAUUUGUAACCCGAGUGAGUUGGUUAGCAGAAUACAAACUGAUCAACAUCAACGUAAUAAAUUUGAUGAUACACUACCAUUGAAUAUCUAUGUUCGUUCAGAGCAGCAACCAACAGACGGAUCUGUGAUAAAUCUUGAUAAAGAAAAUGCUGAGUUUAUGUGGUUUCAAUUGUUCAUUGAUACUCUAUUACGAUUAAAAUAUAGUGAUGAGAAGAAAUACGCAAGUGUUACUAAACUUGUGUGCAAGUUAAAACAAAAUUAUAAAGAUGAUCCAAAAGAAUUAGAAAUCAUUGAUGAAUUUGCACGAACACAUUUUUCAACGAAUGCUGUUCGUUGGUACACCAAAGAAUGUUGUAUUUAUCGUCUUUUGAACAAAGCUUUGAGUAUAAAAAACAUUGAUUUUUUAUUUGAAUUUCGUUUUCUUAUCCAUGACAUUUAUGACCAAUUAAAACUUGCGCAAGAAUACGGGCUUCGUGAUAUAACUAAUUCAAUAACCUUCUAUCGUGGACAAAUAAUAUCAAAUGAUGAACUGGAUCGAAUCAAAAAUAGUAUAGGAGGAUUUAUAUCAAUGAAUAGCUUUCUUUCUACAAGUAGAAAUCAACAACAAGCAAUAUUAUUUGUGCAGACUGCUACAAAAUCAAGAAAUUUUCAACCAGUAUUAUUCAACAUAAAAGUCAAUCAAAAUGCGACAACAAAACCAUUUGCUGAUAUAUCAUGUUUAAGCACGAUUCCGAAUGGAAACGAGAUCUUAUUUAUGCUAGGUAGUGUAUUUCGAAUUAAAAAUGUCGGCUAUGAUCGUGAGCAUCAUCCUUAUGUUGAUUUGGAAUUCGAUGAUUAUAAUUUGACGAGCAUUUAUUUUAAACAAAAUAAAAUUGAUGACGAAACAAAUCUUCUAACAUUGUUUCAUCUUCUUUUUAAAAUGGGUGAAUAUAAUAAAGCUGAGUCAUUUAUUAAACGAGUACUAAGUGAACCCGACGAAUACGAAUAUGCACCAAAAUUAACGAUUGAAUGUUAUAACGGUCUUGGUCAAAUAGCUGAACAAAAAAAAGAUUUCAAACAAGCAUUGCACUAUUACUACAAAGCUUUAGAUUUUAUUAAAAAUAGAUCACUAUCACUAGUUCAUCCUUUGAUUGCUCGGAGUUUCAUUCAAGUUGGUUUGGUACAUUUCACAAACGGUAAUAUUAAACUAGCUAAUGACUAUCUCAAUAUAGCGUUAUAUAUCUACAGCACGUUAACAAAAGAUGCUGAUCGCGAUUUAGAUGUUGCCAAAUGCUACUAUAGUAUUGGCGAUAUCUAUAAUAAAGCGAAAAAGUCUGAUUUAGCAUUCAUCAACUAUGACAAGGCGUUAAAGAUCUAUAAAAAUAUUACGAAGAUGUGUUCUUCAACUGGUAAUUACUUGUCAGCAUUACAAUAUUCUCAAAAAGCGUUAAAAAUAUUUGAAAAUUCUUUGCCAUGUAAUCCAAAUGACAUUCGUGCUAUACACAAUAUACCUGGCUUAAGCUUCGAACAGUUAAAAGUAUACGAGGAUUUAAAAGAGAUGUAUGAUAUAUGCAGUAAACAAGUGGGCCAAAAAAUUUAA